GGCUUUAUGUCUCUGUCUCUGUCUCCCCCUCCUCUGAAUGCACUACACUGGUUUGUUACGGAUCAGGACAGCGCAGAUCCAGAUCCAGAGGAGAGGCUGAGCAGUGCUUUUGUUUAACCGACAGACGGGACAUUGUUCCAAACAAAUGAGUGAAAGUGCCUCAUUUGUCCGACUCUUCGUGGGGUUCCUCCUCAGUGCGACAGGUGCCUCCUGUCCCAUUGAGUUGAACCCCCCCAUUGUUGUGCUGAGAUAUGGACACUCGGUCUCAAUCAACUGCAGCACAUCAGAGAGCAAGUUAGAUGGAAUGGGCUGGGAGGCUACACAAGGAGGCAAAAGUCUGCAGCCAGUCAAACAUUUGACCUGGACUGUAGAGGCGCUAACAGACUGGAACAUCUCUCCCGUUUGCUACUUAAACCUAUCACCGGAUAGUCAAUUUACUGAACAGUGCUCUGCAAACCCAAAAGUUGUACUUUACACAUUUCCAGAAACCAUCAGUAUCAGCCCUGACAGUGAUGGUGCUCUAAAAGAAGCAGAGGAAUAUAACUUCACGUGUAACAUCCACAAUAUAGCACCUGUUCAGAGUCUCACUGUAACCUGGUACAAAGGAGAUACGAUCAUCUAUACAGACACUUUUAACAAUCCCAGUAAGAAACCAGUGAAUCAGACGUCUGUCCUCAGCUUUACACCGCAUAGACAAGACGAUGGAGUCACGUUCAGAUGUGAGGCACAUUUGGACCUGCAGCCAGAAGGGCCACAACUUAAAGUAUCUUCACAAGAGUAUAACAUUACAGUUAACUAUGGACCAGAUAUAGGAUGUUCUGACAGUCUCGAGUUACUGGAAGGGGAAACUUUGGAGAGCCAUUGUCCUGUUACAGGAAAACCCUUCCCGUUUAUUAAUUGGCAGUAUAAUGGACAGACUGUAGACCCGGCCGUUCCUCUGACCAGAGAGAACAAGGGCAAUUAUACUGUUAAAGCUGAAGGAUAUUCCUUUGCAUCAAGAACAUUGCAGGUUGCUGUAUUGUAUGGACCAGAGUUGGAGUGUCCACUAAAUUAUAUUGCAGUAGAGGACACUCUUAACAGUCUCACCUGCACUGUUAAAGGCUAUCCUAAACCCAAGAUAAUCUGGUAUAAAGAUGAUGAGGAGGUGGAACUUCCAGAGAACCUAACAAGAAGUGAUGCAGGGCAGUACUCGGUCACAGCUUCAAACAGUGUGUCAUUUGUCAACGUCACAGUUGAUAUUAUUGUCUUAUACCCACCGUCACAGAUAGUUGAGCUUGAAGACUCUGAGGUCAAUGUUGGUUCUACCAUAUCACUGAAAUGCUUCUCCAGGGGAAACCCACGACCAAGAUAUUCCUGGAAUUAUUAUCGCACUCACAAAGUGACAGUGGAAAAUGAAGAUGGAGUGUCCCUACUAAUCAUCCACAAUGCCACUGGAUACAACACGGGCUUCUACACAUGUCAGGCCUCGAAUGUUAUAGGAAAUGUCUCUAAAACAGUCAGAGUGACUGUAAAAGGUGCUACGCAAUCAUGCCCUAUUGAAAUAAACCCAGAGCGGAUGGUGAUAAAAUAUCAAGGAAAGAGCCAGAAUGCAAUAUGCAAGCCAACACUUGAGGGCUCCGCAAAUCAAGAAGGAGCAAUAUCCUGGCAGGUUCAGCAGGGAAUCAAAACAAACAGCACAAGUUGGUCUGCCGACACCAAUAAAGACUGGGACGCAAGGCCUGUCUGUAUGGGGACGUUCAAGGGAAAAGGAACGUGCCAGAAACAUUUAGACUUCACUCUUUACAAAACACCAGACAGUGUCUCCAUCCGCCUUGCGGGUAACCUGAGCUCAGUGGUGGAGGAGAGCGAGUUUCAGCUGCAGUGCGACAUUAUCAACGUUGCUCCUGCACGAAAUCUCACUGUGCUGUGGUACAAGGGGAAUGAAACCAUCAAAUCAAAUACCAAUGACUCACUGCAAGUGACUGGCUGCCUGCCUAAGCACAGCAGAGACUGUGAUAUCAAUGCGAUCCGAUCGGCGCUGAAUGUGUCGUCUACCAUCAGCAUCAAACUGAACAGAGAGCACAGUGGAGCAGAGUUCAGAUGUAUGGCUAAGUUGGACCUUGAACCCACUGAACCACAACUUCAACUGGAAUGGACGUCCAGUCCUCUGAACAUCACCGUUUACUAUAAACCCAGCAUUAAUACCACAAAGCUUCCAAAGACAAUCCCAGUGUUCAGAGGUUAUCCCGAGGAUCUUAUUUGUGAAGCUGACGGUUACCCACCUCCAAAGAUUGAGUGGCUCUACAGCUCAGACAAUGGGCACUAUGUGUCUGGAAACAUGCUCACCGUGUCUGAGGCAGGUUUCUACCGCUGCAAAGCCACCAAUGACAUUGAUAUCAUCAUACACGAAGUUGAAGUGAUUUUAAAAGAGGACUACCUUCCCCUCAUAGCUGGAUUUGUGGCAGUCACAGUUGUUGCCAUCUCCAUCAUCUUCCUCUUCAUCUACUCAAUCUACUACAAGAACACCAGAAUGCGACGCUACAGUCUUAAAAACCCUAAACUCAGCACCCACAAUGGCAACGUGGCUCACAAUGGCUUAGACCUGCAGUUUCCUAUGACCAAACUAAAGCCUGAAUACCACUCAGCCAGCAGCCCCAAACUGGGGCUCUUUGGAAAUCUCCUCACGUCAAAUCUUCACUUUAACUUUCGGGACUUUCUAUUAAUCACCCUCGCAACCACACGCACAGACACAGAUAAGGCGUGGAGCUACGGGAACACGGGCUUUUUGUUUCCUUCAGUAAAAGUUUGGUGCUGCUCAAUCGAUAUGUGGCUCUUCAUACUCGGCGGCUUGAUAGCGUGCACAGGAAAACCUGUGAGUUCUUCUUGUCCUGUUGAGUUGAAUCCACCCAGAGCUGCAGUGAAAUAUAAAGACCCCUUUUCAGCCAACUGCAGCUCAACAUCGAACCAAACGGAGGCAAUGGGCUGGGAGUCUUCAAAUGGAGGUGUAGCUCUCACAGAACAUGUGACUUCUCUCUCCUUAAACAUAAACUCUGUCACAGACUGGAAACUGGAACCGAAAUGCUUUAUCAAUUUCGAGGACGGUGAUCAGUGUUUGAGCCACCUAACAGUCGUCGUUUACAAAAUGCCCGACAGUGUGUCUAUGUCUGAGCCGAGUGUAUUGAUAGAAGGCAAAAAUUAUAGCAUGCAGUGCGACAUUAAAAAUGUUGCACCGGCAAAGUACCUCUCUGUGCACUGGCGCAAAGGAAAUAGGAUAAUCCACACUGAGACAUUUGAUGAUGAUACGAGUGCAACUCCAGUCAAUAAGUCAUCUGUCGUCAAUGUGAUGGCCCAUGGAGAUGAUGAUGGGACUCCGAUCAGGUGUGAAGUAAGGCUCGGCUUUUGGCCAAAUGCACCAAGUCUUCCCCCGAUCGAAUCAAAAUCACAUCAAGUGACAGUACUGUACUCGCCAACCUUCUUCAAUCCUGCAAAUGAGGAGGUAGAAUUGAAAGCUGGUACUAAGAUAGAAUUAAAUUGCACUGCUAGAGGAAACCCAAUGCCAGCAUACAGCUGGACGCUCCCACAUGACAUACAACGGAGGAUGAAGAAUCAAAGUACCAAUCAGUCCAUUUUGACCCCGUCUUUUGAGCUUCCAGGGACCUAUACCUGUACAGUGUCUAAUAGCCAGGGCACCAAGACCAAACGUUUUACUGUCACCGAACCUGCAAGGAAUCGCACAACCUUUGCAGCCUUGCUUGGAGGAUUUACCGCCCUGGGAGUCGUGCUCCUUAUUGCUGGUCUUUUUUUGGUGACACCUGAAGGCACAUUUUCUACCAGCAGAGGCUAUCUCAGAGGAAAGCCAGCCUCGUCAGGACCUGUAUGGGGGCCCUUUUGUUCCAACAUAGUUCCCUGCAGAGUAGCCAAGCUUGUUCAAGGUGGAAUUUUCUCACUCUCGCCCCUUAAUCGACUUCUCAGUGCAGAAAAUAACAUGGGAAACAACUUUCUUCAGUGGAUUCUGACGCUUUGCAUGUUUUACACAGUGUCAGGUGAAGGUUGCUCCCUCAUCCUCAAGCCCUCCAGGGUCGUGGUGGGCUUUGGGGAGCCGGUGUCAGUCAGCUGUGAGGCCACUCGCCCUGUUCGUGUCCUGGGCUGGGAAUCGGCCAUCAGUGCUGCACACACACAACAGGACCUGUCAGUGCAGUGGAAGGUAGACAGCCUCAUUGACUGGAUAGAGGAGCCAAUCUGCUAUGGUGUGUUUUUCACAGCUCCGAGACAGUGUGAGGAGAAACUCAACCUUGUCCUCUACAAGACCCCAGAUAGUGUUUCCAUAAGGCCUGCGAACCACACUGGCCCUAUGGUUGAAGGAAAGGAAUACCAGCUGCUCUGUGAGGUUCAGAAUAUUGCUCCUGUCCAGUACCUCACCCUCAGGUGGUACAGAGGGCAGACGGAGGUUUAUAACCACUCUUUCUCUGACCUCACAUCUUCCUCGCCUGUCCAAGUAUCCUCUAUCCUUGUGAUCACACCAACCAAAGCUGAGAAUGGAGCACAGUACAGGUGUGUAGCAGUGCUGGAGCUCGGACCAGAGGGACCACAACCACCUCCUACUGUGACCUCAGAGCCUCUUAAUGCCUCUGUGUACUUUCCCCCAACAUUCCUGAGUCCUGAACCAGAAGUUUUGGACUAUAUUGUGGGUGAUGAAAUUACCUUGAACUGCACUGCUAUGGGAAACCCUGCACCCGUGUAUAGUUGGCAAUCGUCCCAUCCCAUUCAGGAGAGGAUGGAGGAUGAAGCCGCUCUUACCUCCUCCUCAUUGCUCCCAGGGACGUACACCUGCACUGCCUCCAAUGCACUGGAAAAGAAGAGCAAGCAGUUCAUUGUCAAGGCCAAGACCAAAGGUGUUUGAAACAAGAGAGCUUGAGAUGGGAUCAGAUGACCACACUGGACAAACAAGGAGAAAUCAACUAAGAGGAUUUUAAUGUUGAAGCUUUGGAGACGGAAAUGACAAUACAUUCAUGACUCAAGAGAUAUUUAUAUGGAUCUUGCUAUCAGGCAGAAUUAGAUCUCA